AUGAAAAUUAAUGAGCAAAGUAAAAAUAUCUUGCUUCAUAUACUUACCUACAUGUCUUGUUACUGAGUCAUUAAACUAUUUUUAUAGCACAUUACAUUAUAGAUUAGAUAUCGGAAACAAAGCGGUUAAUCUUAUCACGAGGAAGUUAUGAGAGAAACGCCAUUUCGGAAAUUGUGAUGCAAUGAAAGAUAAUUUCUCUACAUGUAUGGACCAUCCAUAUCCAAUGUAAUAAACGCAAAAGUUUUUGAGGAUGCAUGUGUGUGUGUGUAUAUUUGUUACUGUUUCAUGCAAAAUCUACUGGAAGGUUUGUUGUGAAAUUUAGUACACGGGUAGAAACCUGGAAUAACACAUAGGAUAAAUUUUAUCCGGAAAUUCCCACGGGAGCGAAGCCCCGGAGCGCAGCUAGUAGGUAUGUAAUAUUUGUGAUUGUUUAACACAAUUUUGGUGUACUUCCAUGAAAUUCGGAACACGCCUAAAAUAUAACCGCAGUAAUAACCUUAGUAAUAACCAUCAGCAAAAAGAAAAAUAAUGGUACCUAAUUACACUUAAUAUAUUUUUUUACCCAAAAAUUCCCACGGGAGCGAGUCCUGUGACACUGCUGCUGUGUUUGUUCCCAAGUAUAGAAUCCUAUAUGUAAUAUGAUUACUUUUUAUUUUGUGGAACUCUAAAAUGGUAUCAAAGUUAACAUUGGUUGCCAUGUGCCGGCCAGAUUCAAUAGGCGCUAACAAGUUCUAAUUAUAUUCAAUCAACGAAUGGAAAUGAUGUAUUGCCUACAAAUCGCAAAGUUAUAAGUAGCUAUUUUAUUUAUAUUCUAUCUCUCAUCCGAGCGUUUUCCUAAUUUCUUCCUUAGCCAUUGGGCGUUAGAGCCCAGGGACGCUAAACGUAUUUUAUCUAUAUUUUAGGUAAGCUUUGAAUAUUGUUUAUUUAUUUUAAUAUUUGUUUCUUUAAUAUUGGUAUUUUAUGAAUAGAAUCAUUGAUUAUUGUUUCAUUGUCUCAUAUUACAUUACUUCCUUGAUUAAUUGAUACGAGUAACACUCGUUUUUUUUGUUUUACAUUUAAUAAUUGGUAAGUAAUGAAUUUCUUCUUUUUUACCAAAGUGGUAUUUCCAAUGAGCAUAAGGUUAUGUCCUUUUCCAUAAUUCAAACUACUUACAUGUAUGCGAAAUUUCAAGAAGAUUGGUUGAAUAGAUAAAGCAGGUAACAAGCAAACUCACUUUAGCAUUUGUAGUAUUAGUUAGGAUUAUUCAAGGUAUCACUCCCUGCGAUUUCGCUGACGUGGAAUUUUCGGGAUGCUAAUGUUAGAAAUUAACACGCUCACACAAUUAAGUUUUAGUGAUUGAAGUGUGUUACUAUUUACAUUCCCGGUUGUGAUGUCUCAGAACCCCAGAGUCCGCUUGAAAAAUGAACUUUUUAUAUUCGGUUGUGUUUGUGUAUGCAUGCACUUGUUGAUUUUCAGCAUUUAAAACGUUUUAUCUAUUAGUCACAAAUUAAUUAAUAAGUUUGUACUUACUUAAUUUUUUUUUAAGUUCUUACUUUCAUAAGUGAAGGUCGUUGACUCCAUUUCUUUUUAUUAAUUAUCCACGGAAGGAUAUGGAGUGAUCGUAUCGUCUUCUUAGAGCGGGGCUAUACGCUACAGGUUGUUACUCAGACUUAAUAUUUUAGUAUAAAUUAUCGUGUACGCGCCAAUUGGCUUAUGCAAUCUACCGCGAACUCUAAUGUGGUUAAUUAAUUUUAUAAAUUUUGCAUCAUGUAGUGACUGUAUUAGGUGCAAGAUAGAUUCUCGCUGUUCUUUUGAUUGAUCACGUCGCGGAUCAUAGCGCGCGUGCCUUUCACCCUUGUAUUUUCUAGUUUUCGUUCACGGCUGUAAUAUCUUUGAGACAAGGAGUAGAAAUGCUAUUUCUAUCUGGCGCUUUAAAUUAUUACACUUGUCGCAAAUUAAAACGUAUCGAAAAGGUAGAGUUAAGUAGGAGUUAAUACCAUCCCUAAAAGGUACCUAUCUAAUAUCUUGUUAAAACCAAAUGAAGUGUGGAAAUUGAAGUGAGAUAUAAUUAUAGGAGAUUUCUUGAAUUUUGUCUGGUUUUCCAAGAAUUUUGGUUUACAGUACCGGCAUAGACCCGUAUGCGAUGGUAAUAGAGGCGAAUUUUUAAAGAUUUUAUAUCUAAAAUGUGUUUAUGUACUUCUGGCUGCGUCUGCCUGCGUACAUACCUAUUAACUCUCUUAUUCUUUAAAAAAAUUGUAUACUUUAAGCUAAAUAUGUUUUAUCACUAUCGUAUUUCAUACCAUGACAUUGACAGAACGAGACAAAACAUAUUACUUAGCUUCAACUAUUUAAUUUUAUUGAAUACGAUGGUAAUUGUGUACCUAUAUUAUAUUACAAUUAGUACAUAAUAACACAUAAAGUUACAUUUAGUAACUUUUAUACGAUAUUCAGGGGCAAAAUGCGAAAUAUUAAAACAGCGAAUAUUAUUCUAAAAAAAAUUACCUAUUACAAAUAUUAAAAUUCUACCACGUUUGUAAUAUUUGAUAUUGUUUAUCUGUGAUUAAAAUAACAAAUGUUUUUUUUUCUAUGAAAUAAUAAAAAUAAAUGAGCAAACUCGUUAUCACGUUUACUCGAUUAGAAAUUUUCCUCAAUUUGGAAAUAUUCCUAUUGGCUUUUAGGCGAGCGUGUACCUAAUAUAAUUUUAUUAUGUCAUAACAACUCCAUUGGGCUCUGUGAUCCAGUAAUAUCGGACUUGGGUCCGAGUUGGUAUCCAUUAUUUGGAAGCAGCUAUGUCGUGGAAAACAUGUCCAAGAAAUAUGGCGCUCAGUGGAAAGGACUGUCGAAGCUGGCCAAACAAUACUCGACUAAAGUUUUGGGCCUAAAAUUAGGGAGAGAAUUACUAGUUGUAGUUUUUGGCGAAAAGAAUGUACAUCAAGUCUUCACGCAGAAGGAGUUUGAAGGGAGACCGGACAGCUUCUUCCUGAGAUUACGAUGUCUAGGAAAAAGGUUAGGUAUUACAUUCACAGACGGCCCUUUGUGGAAAGAGCAUAGACAAUUUACACUGAAACAUUUAAAGAAUGUUGGCUUCGGAAAAACUUUGAUGGAGAAGGAGAUUCAAAGUGAAAUGUUCACAAUACUGGAGUACAUAGACAGAAAGAAACGCAAGUCCAUAAAUGUCAAAGAAGUUUUACCACUGGCAGUUAUGAACGUUUUAUGGAGAUUUGUCGCUGGUGAAAAAAUAAAAGAAGACCGUUUGAGAAGUCUAUUAGAAAUUCUGAAUUUGAGGUCUAGGGCUUUUUCAAUGGCUGGAGGAUGGUUGAACCAAAUGCCUUGGAGUAGAUUUGUGAUCCCCCAAUUAAGUGGAUAUGCGUUGAUAGCGAAGAUGAAUCAACAGAUCUCGGAUAUAAUCGAGGAAGCUAUAAAGAAACACAAGUCUAAUGCCGUGGAAGGAACCGACUUCAUUUACUCAUUCUUGACGGAGAUCGAUGAAAAUAAGGAAACUUACACUGAGGAGCAAUUGAAAACGAUCUGCCUUGAUCUGCUGAUAGCUGGGUCACAGACGACAAGCAAUGUGGUGGAAUUCGCCAUACUCGCCGCCCUGAGGAACCAGGCUGCGCAACAGAAGGUGUACGAAGAGAUCACUAAUACUUUAGGCGAUGAUAUACCGUGCUGGAGCGACAGUUACAGGCUCACAUAUACUUCAGCAUUUUUAUUGGAGGUUCAGAGAUACUUCACAAUUGUUCCUUUGGCCGGUCCUCGACGGGUCCUCGAAGAUACCCAAAUAGAUGGUUAUUUAAUACCAAAGGAUACAACCGUUCUUAUAUCCGUCGCCGAUCUCCAUUUUGAUACGGAAAUAUGGGACAAUCCACAUGAAUUUAACCCAGAAAGAUUUAUCGACGAGACGGGCGUAUUGAAAAAUUCAGAGCACAUGUACCAUUUCGGCUUAGGUCGGAGACGCUGUCCUGGGGACUCUUUGGCGAAGUCCUUCAUCUUCAUCACAUUUGUCGGGAUCCUGCAGAAAUAUAGAAUUGACUGCAGCAACGGCGUGCUGCCUUCUGAUGAGCCCAGUGUCGGCCUCAUCGCUGCAGCCAAGCCCUUCACCGUGGACUUUGUUCCGCGAAAUCCUAUGGUCUCGUAAUAUCUAAAAAUAACUGUUUUAAAUCUAUUUGUGAGAGUACGGUUUCCGACAAAAAUGUACAUUAUACGCAACGUAUGAAAAUGUAAAAAUAUUAUAUAAUAAUUUUUAGAAUCAUAGUAAACUCUUUAACUUUA